UCCUAAAAAUUUCACACACGGAGAGAAUAUGAGGCGGUUACCACCGUGGAUGCUCGGUGGCGCGUCCACCGGUGAAGCAGCAGCUGCACGCAACGUAACAGAAUCAGAAGCUCCUAAACCAAAGGCGGAGAAGAGACCGAGAAGAAACGUGAAACCCAAAGAAAAAGAUUUAAAUCUCAAUUCUGAGGAACCUAAACGAGUCCGUAGGAAGAUUGGAGAUGAAGCUAAUCGUGGUAACAAUAAUGGUCCAGAGAUAAUUCAAUCAGUGAUGACUGGUCCAGGAAACGAAGAUCUCACAGUUGAUGACUUAUUAAGCUUUGCUCACGAGUAUGUCCAAAGUAAUCAAGAAGUCCAGACAAGCAAGGAGGAUGAAAGGUCUGAAUCCAUGUUAGUUGCGAAUGAAUCAACAUCAUCUCAAGGAGGAACCAGAGAUUCAACAGCAGAGGACAUGUUAGAUCUGCUAAUGGGUCCUUAUUUCAAGAAACGCUAGGAUAUAAAAAUCUGAAUUGGGUUUUUUUCAAGUGCUUCCAACUUAGUUUUUGAGCUUUGUACCAGUAUAUUAUUAUAUAUGAUAAAGCUUCGUUUU